CAAUCACCGUCACCAUGCUUUUAGCCCACGCCUUUCAACUUCUUGCAUUCCCUUCCGCCAGCCAGAUCUGCAGCGGACAGUCACUAUCUCCCUGAAGCCUUUUCCUAUACGAAUCCUUCGAGCUUGUAACGUCCGUGCGCACCAAGGAAAUGGAGUGCCCGUUACUAGUGUGGAUGCUGUUUCUCAAUCGUGAGAUGACUUCUGAGGAAUACGAACGAUGCUAUCAAACAGUGCAGACAUGUGUUCCUCAUUCACGAGUUCCUUCUGCUCCGACUAAUCCAGAAACCAUGCGACAAGUUGUUGCGCAUAUGCUGCCGCUACUGAUGAUGCGGCACAGGCGGAUACCUCGUGCCAAGUGGAGGGAUCAGAUCAGCCCGAACGGUAAACAUUACAUAGAGCAGGACGUCGACAGCGCGAUGCACCCCGCGAACCGCCUCCGAGCAAUGAUCGGGUACCACCUCUGCUAUGACAACAACGUCGUCGGGAUGGUGAUGACCCAGGGGCGCAUGAAGGACGUAGUCAACGUCGGGCUCGGGGUCAAGCAGCUAUGCGUAUUCCCUCCAGAGGCGACUGUGGCCGCGUACGCCGAGUCAUUCCAUCACAAGCUUACGCCGCUCGAGCAGAGCUUCAUUGCGCCCGGAGAGCCCGAUGACGUGAUCCUACGGCGACUCUGCCUGCUGCUCGCUCUCAAACAGGCAUACAUCAAGGCGAUCGGACAGCCGAUGGGCUUCGACUGGACCAGACUCGAGUUCAACAUUCCCGGUGAGGCGUGCACGGGCGACGGGCUCCCGCUCCAGGGCUGGGAGUUCCGCGUCUGGCAGGCACAGAUUGGCAUCACACGCAACGGCACCGUCAUCGAGGAGGUGUAUCAGUGUGCGGUUGCCUUUUUCCGAGGUACUCGGGACACCAAGUUUAUCUGGCAGAAGGACGUCAAGGAUCUCGAGUCUUGGGUGCAGUUUAUCAAUUUGGACCAGCUCGUCAACGUUGUUCCGAAGCUCACCGAUUGAAAGCGAAUGCAGUUGUGGCGAAUACCCGGAUACUUUGUGCCCGUCGUGAUCUCAUGGAGUUCUUUGGCUAUUGUUCUU